AUGAAAAUAUUUUAUUUUGCUAUCAUUAUAUUUUAUUUUACUUUGAUUAGCAAUGUAAAUUGUCUAUUUAAAAAAGUGAUAAGUCACUUUUAUUGUCAUAAUGAAAACUGUUAUGAAAUUUUGGGCAUUAGUCAAAAAGCAUCACCCGAAGAAAUUAAAUAUUCUUACUAUAAGAAGUUAAAUAAUAUCAAAAAGAGUCAUGAUUCAAAAAAAAAAAAAAAAGUUGUUAAAGCUUUUAACAUGUUAAUAAAUAAAAGAACCAGAAAUUAUUAUGAUUAUUAUUUGAAUAAUCCUAAUAGUAUAGUUAAUUUGAUAUAUUUCAGUUUUUACUGUUUUUAUAAAUUAUUUAAAGUUAUCCUGAUAUUGUUGAUUGUUUGCCUUUUUAUUUGUUUGUUUCAAUAUAUUCAUAAUAGAUAUGAAGUGAAAAGAAUUAUACAAAAAUGCUCAAAAAAUAAAUUAUUUAAGAGAGAAGUUCAAAAUAGAAUAGCAGAAGAAUAUCCAGAUUUUCAUAAUUAUGAUUUAAAGAAAAAAAGAAAAAUUGAACAAAAAGUAGAAGAAGAUGUUGUACAAGAAAUAGUCAUGGUAAACAACCAGAAAACAAGAAGAAUAGGUAUCUCUGAUUUAAUUAUUGUAAAAAUUAUUUUUUUACCAAGAUACAUUUGGAACUAUGUAAAAUGGAACUUAAAGUGGCUAAUAAAAUAUAAUAUAUUAAAUGAAGAAUAUGAUGAAAAUGAUAAAAUUUAUAUUACUAGAAAAUACAUGAAUAUCUCUUUAGAGAAGUGGAAUUCACUUAAUGAAGAAGAAAAAAAAAAUUACUUAAAAAAAGAAUUAUGGAUAAGACAAAAUUUAGAAGACUUUCUACAAGAACAGAGAGAAAAAGAGAGAAUAAAUAAAAUUUCCAGUUCAAAAUAUAAAAAACAAAUUAGAAUGAAGAAAAAAGGUGUUAGUUUUAAUUAUAAUGAUUAA